GUUUCUACUGCGGAAAUCCUGACCAUUGGAUCAAUCAGUGUCCAAAGAGGAUCCUUUCUGAUAAGGCUUCCAAGACCAGACUGCCAAGGGACCAGAUCGCCUUAGCACAAUGAUAGUUACUCCAGUAUACGAUGACUCUGAAGCCGUGGAGCUAAGUGCCCUUUACCAUCUGUAUCUUAAACCCAAAGCAAAAUUAAUCAUCUCGAUUAUACUUCCGGAUGAAACAGAAGAAUGCAGACCAAUAUCAAACUGGGACAUUUUGGAAGAGCUGAAAAAUGUGGUUGCUCCAGACAAAUUUAGUUCUCUUAGGGUUUCAAGAACAACAAAAGAAUGUAUUCGAAUUGAAGGAGAAACAGACACUAAACUUCUGGCUAACAAAUUUUUUGAAAAGCUUAACGGGCAAAGCUUGCCAAUCAGUUGCCUGCCUAUACCAUUAAACAUGGUAGUAAUUCAGGCGCCUGCUGACCUUCCAGCCAAUGACACCACUAAGAAAUUACUUACAGAAAAAGAAGAUUCGGAGGACAAUGCAGAGAAUUUUACAUCACCAUCGUGCAUUCAUUUGGAGGGCUUGCCAAGUAAAUGGUUCUUGGCAAUGGAUUCAAACUCCGAAAAGCCAAGUGAAGAGGUUUUGAGAAGCACUUUUGAAAAAUUUGGAAGCAUUGUGAAUAUUGACAUACCUAUGCUGGAUCCAUAUAGAGAAGACGGGAGUGGAAACCAGCAGGGAACUGGUGGUCUUCAUCCUUUUGAUGCUUUCCUCCAGUUUCAAAAUAUGUCAAGUGCUAUAGAUGCAGUGCGGUCACUACAAGGGAUGAUGCUCAUGUUUAACACUGAGGAUGGAAAAUAUCUGGCAUGUGAUGUUAAGAUAUCUUUUGAUGAAACCAACCACUUUAGUGAGGAGGCCAUAAACAAGAGGAACGUUGAACAUCUCAAAUUACAAGAGCUGGAGCAGCAGCGGAAACAGGAGAAGGAAGAGGAGGAGGCUGAGAGAAAAAGAAAACUUGCAGAGAGAAAGGCAAGAGCAAGGAAAAGAAGGGCCAGGCUGAAAAGGAAACUGCUAAAACAGAAGCAGAAUGAGCAAAAGGCACAGCAACAGCAGCAGCAGCAGCAAGAGAACUGUCCUGAGGAAGAAGAAGAGGACACAGAAGAAUGGCAGGAGAGGAAAAUGCUCCUUGCUCAGAGGCGACUUGAGUCAAUAAAGCUACUUACUGCUGUCUUGGAUAAAGUUAAUGAUUUGGUUCAAGUCAAUAAACUUGAAGAAGAGCAAAUGAACUGUGAAUUUGCUGGAUUCAGUGACUGUUCUGUGUCCACAUACUCUGAGAACAGUAAGGUUAUGUCCUUGCCUUUUUCGGAUGAGGAGAAAAGCAAUCGCCAUGAAACGGAUAUUUGCUUUGAAGAUGAAGCGGAAAUUAUAGUAUCCAAGGAAGAUACUCAGUUGCACGAGUGUGGAGAAAGAAAGGACACAAUGACUGAAAACAAUGACCAGAAAUUAGCUGAUGAAGAGCCUUACUUUGAAGACGAAACAUGUAAAGAGCAAGACCCAAAAAUUACUUAUCAUAGUCGACGAAUUUUUAAACUAUCUCAAGAUGAUCCCAUAAACAAAUCUUCUAAAAAGAAGAAAAUUUAUGAAACUGAUGAAUUUAUUAACUACUUGUUAAAUUAUUACCAUUAUCCAGAGUAUGCCAGAUUAUUUUUGGAAACCAAAGAAAGUCAGAACAACCCAUGGUGUCGGAGAGUAGUGCGUUGGAAAGGAAACAGCUUCCAGAUAAAGCUUCAGAACCUUAAUGGGCAUUUUGCAGAGAUGAACUUUAUGCCUGAGUUGGAGGAGGAAUCCGAAGAAGAUAGUGGCAAAUGGGAAGACCCUCUUGAACAGUCAGAAGUGAAACCACAAGUUCCUCUAGAGCAAAGAAAAGAUGCUACUGAAUGUAACAAGCUUCUUGUGACUGAACAUGAGGUUCCAGUUACGAAAGCAGUGAAGCCUCGUUUGAUAAAGACUCGUGAAAGGUCAUAUAAAGAAACAUGGGAUGAUAAUGAUAAUGACAGCCUUAGCUCAGUGCCCAACAGUGAACUAAAAGAAGUGCUGGAAGAGAUAAGCAGCACAUCAGAAUACUUCAGCGAGGAUCUCAGUGGAAUCUCAGGUAAACAAACUAAUAUCAGAAGAACUUCAAGAAAGCAAAGGAGAAUUAAACAACUCAAAAAAUUAAAACACUACAAUGUUUCUGGCAAUCCUCAGUUCUGCCACCAUGAGGAUAUUUUGGAUAGCCUGUUGCAUUCAUAUUACCACCAAUUAAAAAAACAUUCAAGACACAAAGUGGCUCAUGCCCACAGGAAGAAAGCAGCUUUACAAUAUGACUCUGAAACAACAGACUCUGAUUCUGACACGGAGGCUGAAUUUCGAGCAACAUGGAAAAGAAAAAAGGCAAAGUUAAAAAAUCGCAUCUGCCUUUUGGAAGAGAAAAAAGUAAAUAAAGAAAUGUACUCAAGCUCAGAAAGUGAGAGCAGCUCAAGUGAUGAUGAUCAGCACAAAGGAGACAUCUUGCGACACCGCCAUAAUGGCAAGCCAAGACGAAAGGUACACAAGAAAGUGGGUUCAGGUUCUGAGGAAAAAACCUUGAGACCUUCAGAUAAGUGCUUUGCAGAAGAUGUUUCAGUUGAUGAGUCAGUUGAACAUGAAGACUCCCCAUGGGAUGCAGAUGAAACUCAAACUAGCUGUAGUCUAGGUUCAGGUCAUCUUAUGGCAGAAAAAAAGCAGCCUGGAGGUCAAGCAAAAAGUUCAUACUCUGAUUACUGGGAUUGGGAACGUCACUUCUACAAGGGGGAAACAUGUAAAAAUUAGAUUUUGAAAAUAUUGUAAAAAAAAAAUGGAUCAUGUUUCACAUAGUUGAUGUUAGGGUAUAACUAUCAUUUCAUUUUUAAUGUGUAUGGACAGUGAUUGUGUUUUUGUAACACACUUAAUUAGAAAAAUACGUUUAUUUUUAGCAAUAUGUUGAUUAUUUUAUGAAAACUGUAUGCAAAUUCUCAACUAAGAAACUCUCUAACAGAGGAUUGAUAAAUAAAAUCCAUCUUCAGCAUCUACUGGACUCUGAAGACACUAGAUAACUAUGUGAUGCAGAGGCAGGCUUCUUAGCCUGCCUCUGGUCUCCCUGCCACAGCCUCUGCCUCCCUAUACAUAUGUUACUAAAAAUGAUUUGAUAUGCUUCCCUUCAGACAGUUUAUCUCCUGCCAGCGAUCAGCACUGGCAGCAGAGCCCCCACUAUUUUUCCAGGAAGGGAGAGGAGUAGGGCUGCCGCAAACAGUGUAUGUACAGAAACAUUGUAUACUUACAUAUAAGGAGGCGGAGGCUGGGCUUGUGAGACCAGUGGCAUGCUGAGAAACCUGCCUCUGUAUCUUACAAUUAUUCACUGUCUAGUGUUCAGUUGAGGGAUAUACUUAGAGGGCAGCUAAUGGGAGACUUUACAUAUGGUUUUCUAAUAAAAAUUAACACAUUUUCCUUAUGAAGUAAAUUGCAAAAAUAUUUACACCCACUGUCUCUACAUAUUAAAAAAAAUUGAAGUGACAACUACACUUUAAGAACUAUUCUC